GACAUUUAAACCCCAGCGGGAGGAACAGGAGUCGUCGGCAGGUUGAUACUUGUCUUUAUCCUCCGAAACCAUUUUAUUAGAUUUAUGAAAUGGGGACACCUCAGGGGAAAGGCAACUCUACACGCCUUUCACUAGAUAUUGCCGACUUGCCCCUCACCCCAUUUGGAAUGAGUCCCCGUGGCUCAUCCAAGAAACUUCAUACAUUUCCUGCUCAGCGUUCCAAUAAGCUUUCUCUCAAAACCCAUAAACCUACCCAAGACAAUAAGCAGGUUACAAGUUUAGCAAAAGAGAAUAAAGAAAAUAGGGAUAUUUCAAGUCAUAGCCGGCAUUUUAGGCAACAGUUUUCCAGAACGUCAAUAAGAAAUACUCCUUCAAAUCUCCAAACUUUGCAUGAAAAUUGUUCAAGUGAUUUUCAUACAAACUCAGUUGAUACACAUGAGCCUCCUGCCUUAGAGAGUUCAGAGGCUACAGUGGGUCCUGGAACACUGAGUAGAGCUACAGUGCCAAACAGAAUGCAGAUUCAAAGAAUUUGCAAUAAAGAAUCUGAGAGGAGAGAAAGUAUUUUUACUGAUAUUGAUGAAGAUGGUAGUUUUAUUGAAUUUUGUUAUGGUAAAGAAGAGGGGCAGCCAGUUAUAAAAUUGAAUGAAGAUCAAGGUAGAAAUCCUCCUCAACUGUAUUAUACCUGUGAGAGCCAAAAUGAAACUCAGUUUUCAACUUCAACUAAAUUUAACAAUGCUGAAGUUGGAUUUCGAAAAUAUGUGGAAGCUGUUAAGAAACAGAAAGAACUUCUUAAUAUCAUUAAGGAGAAAGAAGUGAAACUUUCCAAAGUUCCAGUAAAGAGUAAAAAUUUCAAUUGUGAUGAUACCAUCAUUACAUGUAGUGCAAAUUAUGUGAAGACAAAACAGCCAAAGAAUUCCAUGGAAAGAGUUGUCAACAGUACAGUGAUAGACAAACAUCCAAGUCAGAUUCAGAUUUCUCGUUCUCCUGUCUUUCCAGAUAUAUCAACACUGACAAUUCCAACUGUGGUUGUAUCUAGUUCAGACUCUGGCAGUCCAACACCUGGUACAUCUCCGAAGUACUUGCAAAGGAGAAAAUUUGGAAAUGACUUUCAACCUUUAGUUGUAUUAGAGAGUUCUGAUGAUGACUCCAUAAAUGAGAGAGAUGUAAAUGAAAGGAUAGAGGAUGCUGCAGGUAUUAUCAAAUUGAAAAACAUCCUUGAAUACAAAAACAGGCACAGUGAAGCAAGGUUGAGUGAUUAUAACAAAACUUCACCACAAAAGGUGCAAAAAGAAGCACAAUCACUAAUAAGUGAGGAUGUCAGCAUAGUGACUAGUGUUUGUCCUACUAGACAUCAACUUCGGAAGCCAAUAAUUGGAACUGAAACUGAUCCAGUUGGUAGUGAUUGUGCUAAUUCAGUAAAAGAGUUUGAACAUUCACCAGUCAAGGAUUGUAAUGAACACCAGAUGUGUGAAGAUGAAUGUGAUGCAGAGGAUGAUACAAAUUAUGAUGCUGACUGUGAAGAAUUUAAAGCAACUGGUUCACCAGCACCAGAGAAAUAUAUUGAGGUAACACCAGACACUGCAAAGAAUCCAGCAGUUGCAAAAUGGAUUAUUACAAGUCCUUUUAAAGAGAGUUCUUUUGGAUCAAGCUUUUUACAAAAAACAGUAAGCUUUAAUGUUAGUGGAUCUCCCAGUCAGACCAAUUUGCAAACUACAGAUAUCAUCAAUUCUAGCAUAACCAGUGAGAACAGCUUUGGUAAUGCAAUCUUAGGGAAUAUCAAGAAAUCAAAGAAAACUUUUUCAGUCAGUAAAGCCAUGAAGUCUCCACUUUUUAUACAUAACAGGCACAGGGAUUCUGGUAGCAGUGAUUCAGAAGUUUUUGUGAAGAUCAAAAGAUCUGGCAUACCUUCAAGAGUAGUUGAUUCAACUUCUGAAGAUUCAAGUGAUGAUAGCAGAAGAAGAGCAUCUAAACCAAAAAGAAAACUGAAUUCAUUUAUGAAAAAAACAGCAAGUUUGUCUCUGGCAGAUAACAUUGAUGAAUCACUUGAAGAGUCUCUCCAUUUGAGACUUUCAGAGGGAUUAAGUAAAUCCUAUAAAACAAUGGAGAAAACAUCUUGUACCAUUGGGAGAGAUGCCACGUCUCCUAACACAGUAAGGAAAAGUUAUAACCAUGGUCCUGUCAGUGAAAACUUGGGUGAAUCUGUUAAAGUGCAAAAAUCCAGGAAUGUUAUGAGGAUUAUUGAUUCUGAUGAUCACAUAUCAUCUGAUUCUCUUCCUGAUCUAGAAAUUAACCUGGAAAAUCAAGAUUGCAAGUUAGGUCCUAAGGCAUCAAUGCCCUCUAUGCUCAAAACAAACUCACAAAACAGUGAUAGUAAGAGUAGUGGUUCUCUAGAUUUAAGAAGGAUACAGGAUGAAUUGGAUCAUAUAUACAGUUCUGAUUGGAGAAAAAAUGAGUGUGCUGUAAUGAAAAAUUUUAUUAGAGAAGUUGAGAAAAGUUCAGUAACAAAAAGGAAAGUAGUUGAAAACACAGUGGGAGGCACAACCAGUAAAACAACUGAACCAAUGAGACGAAAGGAAGAAAUUCAAAGAACACUCUGCUUUGAAACUGACGAUGAAGAAACGGACGAGGAAAAUAACACUGAUCAAGAAAGUGAGGCUUUAGAAGAUGGUGACACAGGUAAAGAAUAUGAUGAAACUAAAAAUGGUGUACCUGGCUUACCAAAGAGAAAAAAUAAGGCUGCGGAUGACAGUUUUGAAAUUUACCUGCAGAAAGUAAAGAGCCAAACAGAAAAAGAUAAAAAACUUUGUGACGUUGUCCACAAACAUCAGGAUCAGUAUGAAUCAAGCUUUAUUAAUGAUGAAAGUGAGGAAGAUAUUAGCUACACUCUCCCUCCUCUGACACAGAGGGCCAAGAAAUUUGUUAGACCUGGUUACAUUGUGAAUUCUAACUCCUGUGGUAGUAUCUCAGAAGAUCUUAGAUCACUUAAAAUAUUUGAAGAGCCUAAGAAAACUGUCUCAAGUGCUACAAGCUCCUCAUCAUGGCGUGAUUCUCCUACCAUUGCCAUUUCUUCCAAUUCUGAUUCUGAUGAAGUUUUUUCUCUCACUGAAGUUAAAAAGAAACUGCCGCAGCCUUCCUUAACUCUUAUUACUCCAAAGCCAAAGGGCCGUAGUAAGAUAUUUCCUAAAACAGAAGGGCAUUGUCAACAGCUGUCUAGAAGGUAUGAAACAAGUGGUGCUAAUAAUGCCACUCCUACAUUAUCAUUCCUGGCAUCACUCUCUACAAAUGUCCAUACUGGUCGGUGUCACCCAGAAGCCUUUGGAUAUACAAAGAAUUUUAAGAAGCAGAAGGAGGAGCUCUCAGAGAAAUUAUACAAAUAUUACAAUACUCAUGUUUUUGAAGGUAAACUUCCUUCAUCUAUGAGUAUUAAGUGGAAUGCACGAAUGACCAAGACAGCAGGCUUUUGUUAUUAUCAGAUAGAUCGAUCAAAAGCUGGAAGAGGAACCCGAAUUGAGCUUUCUACUAAGGUAAUUGAUGCUCCUGAAAGGUUGCGUGACACCCUCAUUCAUGAGCUGUGCCACGCUGCUGCCUGGAUCAUCUCAGGAUAUAAGGAUGGUCAUGGACCACUCUGGAAAGCUUGGGCAGCAAAAGCAAUGCACACCUUCCCAGAACUUCCUAGAAUCAGUAGAUGCCACUCAUAUGAGAUCACCUGCAAGUAUACGUACAGAUGCACCCGCUGCAAAUACAGCAUUGGACGUCAUUCUAAGAGCUUAGACAUAGAAAAGAAAGUUUGUGGUUACUGCUAUGGGAGAUUUGAGCUGGUCAUUAAUUCACAACGAGGACACGCAAAAAGUGGACUUGACACACCUGCUGGGAAGCCUCCUAAAACACCUAGAACACCAGGGGCCUUUGCUAUAUUUGUGAAGGAGAAUUAUGGAUCUGUAAAGAAGUCUCGACAGAAUAUAAAACACGCAGAUGUUAUGAAGGUUUUAAGUGAAGAAUUUGGAAAGAUGAAAGCUAACAAUAAGUAAAAAAGAUUAUUUGAUAAGUUAUCAGUAUCUAUAACAGCUAUAGCUAAUUAGAGUAGAACUCAGAUUGAAAAAUUCUUUACUAGAAUCAUUAAAUUAUUAUUAUUUUAAUUACCUCUGAUUAUGUAUAGCUUAAUUAUUGUUUUACACCUAUGUUAAGCCUUUAAAGCAGACUUUUCAUGUCCUUUUGAGUGAGUAAAUGAACACACAAAUACUUAGAUGUUGGCAAGUUACUCUGAUUUGAUGCCAGUGAAGCUGUCAAGUAUGUACUGUACAUCAUAACAAGAUAAAACAAUAAAAUAACUGUGUCAGGAAUCCUAAUAGUAAUUACUAAUUAGUAACUCCACCAGCUUGUAAAACCCAACUGAUACUUUAGUUGCUUUAACUUUCCCUAAAAAUGAGGCAUAUGCUCGUAUCCAAAACGCUUGGGGCUGAAAGGGUCUAGGAUUUCAGAUAUUUUCGGAUUGUGGAAUACUGUACUUAUAUCCUGUUACAUUACCUCUAUGAUGUUGUGGGGAUGGGGCCCAAUUCUAUAUCUUGUGUGAUAUUUUUUAUAAUUUUGUGUAUGACGUACAUGAUAAAAUGUAUACAGUAGUACCCCGAUUUACGCGGUCAAUUGAACCCACAGGGUACCGCGGAAAGUGAAA